AUGCCCGAUUUCUUCGCUCUUUCAGCUGCAACCGCCGCAGUCCGGUUCAUUUACCGCCGCCGCCGCCAUUGGGUUUACGAAGGUAAACUCGGCGACGGCCGUGAAGUCGCCAUUAAAAGAAGCGAAACAAGCCCGAGAACGAAAAAGCUUCAAGAAAAGGAGAGCGCUUUUCAGUCGGAGCUCUCGUUCCUCUCUCGCCUCCAUCACAAACACUUGGUGGGUCUGGUCGGAUACUGCGAUGAGCGAGAAGAACGCCUACUCGUCUACGAGUUCAUGAAGAACGGCUCCCUCUACGAUCACCUACAUUCAAAAACCGAUGAAGAGUCGCCAGUGGUCGGCUCCUGGAAACUGCGGAUCAAAAUUCUGCUCGACGCAGCCAGAGGGAUCGAGUAUUUGCACAGCUACGCCGUGCUCCGAUUAUCCACAGGCAUAAUAAAAUCGUCCAAUAUUUUGCUCUCGAUUCGCAAUUGGGUUGCCAGAGUGUCCGAUUUCGGACUGUCGUUUGAUGGCCCCACCACAAAGCCGGCGAGCAUCUAUCGAUGACGCGGCGGACUGCGGUACAUGACCGGGAGUACUAACGGGCUUCAUCACCUGACCGUAAAGAGCGAUGUUUAUGGCCUCGGAGUUGUGAUGCUCGAGGUUUUAACGGGGAAGAGGGCGAUAUUUAAGGACGUCGAAGGGGGAGGGAGUCCGGUGAGCGUCGUUGAUUUUGCGGUGCCGAGUAUCGUCAAAGGGGAGAUCGGGAGGGUUCUGGAUGAGAGGGUGGGGCCGCCGCCGGCGGAGGUGGCGGAGGCGGUGGAGGUGGCGUAUACGGCGGUGCAUUGUGUGAGUUUGGAGGGAAAAGAGAGGCCGACUAUGACUGACAUUGUUUCGAAUCUUGAGAGCGCGCUGGCGAUGUGUGGAGAUAGUCAUGGGAGUAUCUCUAGUGCCAGUAUCUCCCUUGGUUCCUAUGAUUGAAAUUUUUUUUUGAGGGAAAAUUAAUUAAUUUUUAUUUUGGGGGAAGUUUUUCUUUCAUACAUUUGUUUUAAGGUUUUCUGUUGUGUGUACAUAAUUCUUCUAACACAAAAUCAGUGAUUUUUUCUAGU